AUGAGAGCUAAAUCUCAAAAUAACAAUACUAUCAGCUCUCCCAUUACAUGGGUGGGUAAGCAAUACUAUCCUGAUGUUGCUGAACUGAAACAUCGUGUUGUAGCUUUUUACCGAAAAUGCAUUUUCGGGAGUCUGUCUUUGGAAGUUGGAAAUUUUGUUCUUGUUUCCAACAUGGAUGCAGCAGAACCAGAUUCGGUAGAUGGAUGCGAUGUGGCCCGUAUUGUUCAUCUGUACGAGAUUUUAAACAUGGACUGCACUAAUAUGGACCCCUGCAGAGCUAUCGUGGAAUGGUAUUCAAAACCAUCGGGCUUACCCAAGCUAGUCACUGGCGACGAAAAUUAUUCAUUUGACGAACGUGAAGUUGUUGCAGAUUCCCGCUACAAUCCCGACAUAUCGAUUGAGACAAUUUUCAAUUUGUGUUGGGUAGAACAAAUAUCACUCCAAACUAAUUUCAAAGAGGCUAUGUUGCUAAAAUCCGCAAAGCGCUAUCCAACGUAUUUUGCGCGUUAUAAAUUAGUAAAACCUUCUGGUAAAAAAUGGCAUCUAGAACCUUUGUUUCCCAGUUAUGCGACGGAUGCUACUACGCCACGUAAACGAAGAUCUCUAUACGAUAAAUCGAAUCAGCUAGCGGUGGAAACACCCAGAACUCCUAUACUAAAGCUCACGCGUACAAAAUCCAUGGAAACCCUGACUCCUGAUCAGAAGGGUAAGCUUAUGGAAGAUCGCUGGGCUGUUAAGCUAAUUGACGUGAAGCAGGGAAUCGAUCUCAUUACGGAUGCCCUUAGCGAAGUAGAAAUUAGCGAUGCAGAACAAAACAUAUCUCCCUCGAAGCAAGCCAAAAUAGAAAAGGUUCGACGAAGAUCGAUGUCAUUCAAACAAAACUUACACAAAGAGCUGGCGAAUGAUACUACUGACGAUGGUUGUCUCAACUAUUCGAUCGUAAAAGACACGAACACUGCCAAAGCUACAGAUAUGAAGAUCAAAUUGAGGGUCUCCGAUAUCCAUAAAAAUCCAGAGACGCCCAAAUCUUUGCGAAAAAGAUUAACAUCAGCAUCGAUACCAAACGACCAUGUUUCGCCUCCAAAGUGCCGCAAAUCAUUGCUACCGCAAGAGAUCGAAACAGCUAGCACUCCAUCUGGAAGGCCUCGUAGGAAGAGCAUCCUUAAAACACCUAGCCUAAAUGCGCAGGAUGCCGGAGCUGGUACCCCAAAACGAAACAUUCAGCUUUCGAACAUCGUCGAAGAAUGCUCGAAUGGGCGUCGUGUGUCUCGCUUGUUGCAGUUGUCUCCCAUGAAAGAGAACGGUCCGGCGAUGGAAGAAGAGCCCAAAACUCCCAAGCGUAAGGGUCGCUCAUCAUUAGCCACGACCGGAGCAUCUAGUGCCGGCAAAUCGACACCUAAAAGUGCAAGUAAAAUGAAGCUCAUACGUGCGGGAACCAUCAAACCGAAUAUUCAUUCGCGUGAUGCACCGGUAGAGGAUAGUGCUAAUGAUUUAGCAAUCGCUCGCGAGCGACUGCAUGUAUCUGCCACCCCAAGCAGUCUUCCUUGUCGCGAGAAAGAGUACGAAACAAUUUAUAAUUUCCUUGAAGGAAAAAUCUUCGACGGAUGCGGCGGGUGCAUGUACAUAUCGGGAGUUCCUGGGACAGGCAAAACGGCCACUACGACGGCUGUUGUACGCGCCCUACGGCAUCUCUCGGAAGAAGAAGAAAUACCGAAGUUUGAUUUUAUCGAUAUCAACGGGAUGAGACUGACUGAGCCGCGCCAGGCCUACGUCCAUAUCUAUCGACAGUUAACCGGUAAAACGCUUGCUUGGGAGCAGGCUUACAAUUUGCUGAAUAAACGAUUCACCACCAAAGCUCCUCGACGUGUCACGACGGUGCUGGUUGUGGACGAAUUGGAUAUUCUGUGCAAUAAACGGCAGGAUGUGGUUUACAACAUACUAAACUGGCCAACAUUGGCCACGGCCCAACUGAUUGUAGUUACCAUCGCCAAUACCAUGGAUUUGCCCGAGCGGGUGUUGAUGGGAAAAAUUUCAUCUCGCCUUGGUCUAACCCGAUUGACUUUCCAGCCGUACAACUUUCGUCAACUACAAGAGAUAGUAAUGGCGCGUUUAACCGGCACAAACGCCUUCAACAGCGAUGCUGUCCAGCUCGUUGCCCGCAAGGUGGCUGCAGUAUCAGGAGAUGCCCGGCGAGCGUUGGACAUAUGCCGCAGAGCCACCGAAUUGGCUGAUGAACAGGGGAAAAAAUCAAACGAGCAAAUAACGGUCUCUAUGCUCCAGGUACAACAAGCGCUAGCCGAAAUGAUAACGAGUGCAAAGAUUAAAACCAUUCGCAGUUGCUCUCGCAUGGAACAGCUGUUUCUUCAAGCCGUCACAGCUGAAGUUACACGGACCGGUAUCGAGGAGUGCAAUUUUCUUGGCGUUUAUUCGCAGUUCGAAGCGCUGGCCGCUUUCUCUGGUAUUAAUGUACCAAACCCGGGCAGGGCUAUGGCGAUUUGCUCCCGUUUAGGUGCCUCACGUCUCCUCAUAUGCGAAACUGGCAAACAUGAUAUUUAUCAGAAAAUUUUAUUGAACAUUAGCACGGAUGAUGUGCAUUUUGCGCUGCAAGCCAGCAAACUUUUGUAG